UAUAAGAUGGUUGCGGUAAGUUUGACAUGGGUACAGUGUGUGUUGAGUGUUGAGGUGGUGCGCAUAAACGAAACGCACCUGCAGCAAGUGGUCGCUCGGUGUCGUCGGGAUAGGCUGGCAUUGGCUUGGACAUCCCAUUGAUUGGGGACUAACGAUUUAAGAGCUGGAAAGAUGGUGCGGUGUUUAGUUAGGAAUCACCUCUCUUGGAUGGUGAUGACGGUGGUGAUUAUAGCAGUGGCACAAUGUGAGGCUAAAAAGUGUGGUGUCAUGUGUCGUGUGCGUGAUCCUAUGAAGAUCGGCAAUAGUCAAAUGUUGAAGCAGUGCCUGUACGAGAUAUACCCGGUCGAGAGCACACAGAGUACGGACGGCAGUGGGAAAACUCUGUACGCGAGCGAUGAUCGACGCAAUCGGCUGUUCUCGCUGUACGGUGGUCCGAGCUCGUGCGAGUACUUCGGUACGAUGAUUCAGACGGCCAAGGGGCGCGACACGCUGGUGGAGACGAUCCGUCGGCAGCUGCAGAAGAGUGGCUUCAAGGGGCUGGAUCUGCAGUGCGAUCCGGUGCAGGCUCGCGUCACCCAGCAGACGUAUGCGGAGUUUAUGGAGCAGCUGCGCAGCUUCCUGGGCAACACGUACGUAGUGAUGGUGACGAUGAACAGCUGCCAGCUGGAGCCGAAGCUAGUGGAGACGCUGAACCGAGUGGCGGACUUUGUAACGAUCAACCAUGUCGGACAGUCCUCGAUGCUAUCCAGUGCGCUGAUGUACGGUUUGGCCAGACAUCGCCUGCUGCUGACGACACCAUCGCCAGCCUCGAUCAGCUGUCCGCUGAACAGCGACUACUCGCUGAACGAGGUGCUGAGCCAGAUCGAGCAGCAUCAUCUGUUCGGAGCAGUCGUUGAGCUUGAUCGGGACGACGUGAACAAUCAAUGCGGCGAAGGUCCUUUCCCGCUGUUCCGCAAGGUGCUGGAUCGGCUCUGCUCCAAUGCUGAGUGUAACUUCAGUGGAUUCGUGCGGGAUACGCGCAACUGUGGCCAAUACUACUCGUGUGAUAACGGAAUUACAACGCCACACCACUGCCCGGUCGGCCAUUCGUUCGAUCUGUGUAAGAGCACCUGCGAACCGUUUCUGAAGGUGGACUGCAACAGCACGACGUGCUCGGUGAACGGAGGGCUGCCAAAUGGAUUCUUCCCCGUACCGUACCCGGUUCCGUUCCCGUUCCCGAACCUGAACUGUUCGAUCUUUGACAACGGCGGUGGCAACAACAACGGCGGCAACAACAACGGUGGUAGCAACAACCAAUCGUCCGACUGCUGCUGCGAUGUGCUGAAAAACAUCACGAUGAUUUUAACCGGUACGGAUCAGUUCUCGGAGCUGGUGCAGCUACUCAUAGACCUCGGGCUGGACGAUACGUUCGGCGAGUUGCGCAAGGCACUGAAGAACAUUACGCCCUUGGUGAAGAAUAUCGUUGACCAGCUGAACCUUCUGCUCGGUGCAUUGCUGAACGGUCAGCAAGCGAUGAACGGCACGAUGACCGACAUGAACGGUGCAGGCGUUCAAGCCGGUAUCAUUCAGGGUUUGUUGGAAAAGAUUUUGGAAAUAGUGCAAAAUCUUUUGAAGCUUUUGGGCGUAGACCUUUUGGGUACCGGUGGUACCGGUCUGUUGAGCGGGCUGCUUGGUGGUGUCGGUGGUGGUGGUGGUGGGCUGCUAGGUGGCGCUCUAGGAGUAUGAUGGAGAUAAUUCGGAGCGGGGCCGUUGGCGCUUGUUACCUCUUUCUCAAUCUGUACAACUUCAUCAUACCUGUUAAUUCUCUACUCUAUUCUGUAGCUGCUAAAUAAAGCUCUUACUUAAACUAUC